AGUCGCUGGUGCGGUGGUGGCUGGAGUCUGUUCUCGGGCCUGAGCCUCGAGGCCAGGCUCCCGGGUGUCGUUAAUGUUCGGGGCCGCCGGGCGCCAACCGAUCGGAGCUCCCGCCGCCGGGAACAGCUGGCAUUUCAGUCGGACCAUGGAGGAGCUGGUGCACGACCUCGUCUCCGCGCUGGAGGAGAGCUCGGAGCAGGCCCGCGGCGGCUUUGCCGAGGCCGGCGACCACGCGCGCAGCCUGUCCUGCCCGCUGAAGCGCCAGGCGCGGAAGAGGCGCGGGCGGAAGCGCAGGUCCUACAACGCGCACCACCCGUGGGAGGCCGGCCACUGCCUCAGCGAGGGCUCUGACUCCAGCCUGGAAGAGCCGAGCAAGGACUACAGGGAGAAUCCCAACAGCAGCAAGAAGGAUCACAGCGACUCCGACGACCAGAUGCUCGUGGCCAAGCGCAGGCCCUCGUCGAACCUGAACAACAACGCGCGGGGGAAGAGGCCGCUGUGGCUCGAGUCGGACCUCGCCGUGGACGGCCUGGGCAACCGGACCCUGCGCCGCCGGCGCAAGGUCAAGCGCAUGGCCGUGGACCUGCCGCACGACUUCUCCAGCAAGCGCACCAUGACGCAGCCGCCCGACGGCUGCCGGGACCAGGACAUGGACCACGACAGGGCUUGCCAGUACCAGGAGUUUACCCGGAGCAAGGUCAAGAAGAGGAAACUGCGGGUCGUCAGGCCGGGCCCCAAAGUCCAAGAUGAAGGCGUGGUCUUAGAAAGUGAGGAGAUGAGCCAGACCAGUAAGGACAAAAUGGAGUACGAAGAGCAGAAGGUCUCCGACGAGCUCAUGAGCGAAAGCGAUUCCAGCAGUCUCAGCAGCACUGACGCUGGGUUGUUUACCAAUGACGAGGGAAGGCAAGGGGACGACGAGCAGAGUGACUGGUUUUACGAAAAGGAGUCGGGCGGCGCAUGCGGCAUCACGGGAGUCGUGCCCUGGUGGGAGAAGGAGGACCCAGCCGAGCUAGACAAGAACUUACCGGACCCCGUCUUUGAGAGUAUCUUAACGGGCUCUUUCCCACUCAUGUCGCAUCCCGGGAGAAGAGGUUUCCAAGCUAGACUCAGCCGCCUUCAUGGGAUGUCUUCCAAGAAUAUUAAAAAAUCUGGAGGGACCCCCACUUCAAUGGGCGGCGCCCCUGGCCCUGUCAGCAACAAGAGGAUGGUCCACUUCUCUCCGGACUGCCACCACGACCACUGGUUUGGCCCUGGGGCUAGGACGGAGCACAGCCAGCUUCUGAGAGAUAACCGAGCUGAAAGAGGACACAAGAAAAACUGCUCUGCGAAAACAGCCAGCAGGCAAACAAGCAUGCAUUUAGGAUCCUUGUGCACGGGAGAUGUCAAACGGAGGAGGAAAGCCGCACCUCUGCCUGGACCUCCGGCAGCAGGAUUUGUGGGAGAAAACGCCCCGCCCAUCUCAGAAAACAACGUCGGGAACCGGAUGCUCCAGAGUAUGGGGUGGACACCUGGCUCCGGCCUCGGACGCGACGGCAAGGGUCUUGCUGAGCCGAUUCAAGCCAUGCAGAGGCCGAAAGGAUUAGGACUUGGAUUUCCUCUACCGAAGGGCAGCCCUGCAGCCCCCACCCCCACCGUCGCCACCUCGGGAAAAUCCGCCUAAGAAAAGCAAAGAAGAAACGGUCCACAGUUUUUACUUGUUCUCUCUCCAUCCCAUUGUUCUAAAAUUAUAACAUAGCUGCUGCUCUUGAAGCAGAAAUCUUUAUACGUGGCCACAGACUUGUCACUCUAACUUCCUAACUACAUACCUUCCUACCACAGUGAUAGAAAUGCAAUUUCAUCACAGUUCAUGGUGCUAAAGUACACACCUUCCCUUUCCAAUUUUUUCAGCAAUUUUGAGCUGCUCUAGGUAUAAAUAGGUCAUUUUUCUUAUUUAUUUUGGUCUUGUAUGUCAAUAAUGUCUAAUGCUUUUAGCCUGAUUCAUGCACACGUGUGCGUGUGGUACCCCGGCAAAUGUGAGCACACCCAUGGGUUUCUAAAGUG